AUGUCCGGGACGGAAACUCCACCAAGGGCGCUUGGCGACCCUCACCAGGAAAACGUCAAGUUUGUCAUGGGAUCCGACACCGAGAUGGUCUCGAUGCCAGUGCAUUGGAAAAUGCUUUGUGAGCAUCCGGACAUUCUCCGACGGGAACUUGGUUUGUCCUCGGAGAGCUUACAGGUCGGGGACGACAUGACCCGGUCUUUUGACACCCUCGACUGCGAGGCUUCGCUUGUCCUGGCACCCGUCUUGAGACGAUUGGACUCCGCCGUGAGCGCCAUUUCAAAUGAUGUGGUACGUCAACCUGGAAGGAUGCCUAGGGCUUCUGCAGCAUCUGUUGUGCUCGAGCGAGACAGUUUGGAACGUCGUGUCGACACCUAUCGUCGAUGGUCCAGGCUUUUCCGUCAGCUGGGCGGUGACGGCUGGUCUGAAACCGAUUUUGGCCGUUGCUGGGACACGGCUUUGGCUGAUCUGUCGGAGAGUAUGUGGUUGUCCGGUGUGACGACCCCUCGUUCAUGUCUUGCCUCUCUGGGAAUGCAGUGCUUGUGCUGUUCUGCCUUCACUCCUGCCCAGGUGCAGGCCUUGCGUUGCGUGUAUCCACACUUGACAUUGUUGAUGAUAACCGUCAUGGUGCGACCGGGAGACGCUGUAGAGCGGGCCGUGUUGCGACUGGAACGUUUGUGGAAGAGAGUCCGUCACUAUCUGAAGACGGGAGAGGACGACCCUAGCCUGGCUGAACCACCCGCAAACGUAAUGUAG